GAACGGGAAAAGAGACGGAGAUUUCUCUCUUUCUCUCUCUCUCGUUCUUUAAUUUUCGGUAGUUCCUCUUCGAUUCAUUUCUGCGCUGCGAAGUUUCUGAUAUUCAGAGAUCAACAUAAGCGAAAACAGUAGCUCAAUUGUUUCCAGGCAAGAUUUCCGACUGCCCAAUUUCUGAUUAGGCACCUUGUGAAACUCAUUUCGUCCAAGUUUCUCAGUUUUCUGGUCAUUUUCCUGAGAUCCUGGAUUCACCAAUUUGGACAGCCAAAGCCUAGACUGCAACUCUUCUGUCUUGGAGGUUCUACUGUAGACUCUUGAAUGAUUAUUUCAACUGUGACGGAGAAAAAGAAAGCAGGAAUCGAUAGAAUUUGUGCGGCAUCUCUCUUCCAGAGUGUUGAAACUUCUCUUUUUGGAAGAGGAGGUUGGUAGCUAGAGAAGAUUGUGAUUUGAGGAUCCAAGAACAGGAGGAAGAAGCGAAAAUUUGAAAUUGCUAAGAAAUAUUUCGAAACCAUGCCGGCCUUCUCAGAUCUCUCGGACGACAUCCUCCUGAACGUAUUCUUCAAAUUGGAGGAUGACCCACGUCACUGGUGCCGUUUAGCCUGCGUGUGCACUCGAUUCAACGUCCUCAUACGUUCUGUGUGCUGCAAGACUAAAUGCUCAUCCACCAUUCCUUCCAUUGUAUCCAAUCUUUUGCACAGCUCGAGUUCUCAACUGAUCACUCUUUUUCCUCCCGCUUCUGCGGAUUGUGAUGGUGGAGGAGAUACGAUUCAAGAAAUUAGGACCGAGCCACCUGGUUGGUGGUCUUCCCUUCAGAAGGUGAACGUCUGCUGCCCGGGUCUUCACCACGCGGGCGUUCUUCUUGAUUCCUGUGACUUCGGAUUGGAGAGAGCGAUUGGUUCUGAUCAUAAUUAUGCUGUAGUUCAGAGUAAACCCUAUGGUUCUAAACAAAGUGAAAGGUCCAGUGAUUCAGCUAGCUCCUCAUGUUCCUCUGGUGGAAGUAAGUGUUGGUCCUUAUUUGAUGAUCUCUUAUUUGACACUAUUUAUGAUGAAUCUGAAUGCAGCGAUAUGAAUGAUGGUUCCUGCAAAAGUAGUCUAAUUCAAUCAGAUAGAAGCUCCAAAUUGGAAGGCAAGGUAGCGGGGUUUGAUGACUCAGAGAUUAGCAAAUGUGAUUUGAAAAGGAGGAAGAAAUUUCGAUCUGUAGAUGCGCAUUUGGCAAGUGGAGUUUGGAAUUUGAGCAGAGAACAAGGAAGUAAGCUCUUGGCUAGCAGGUUUAGGGGUGAUUGUCUUUACAUUUGUGAUUGGCCCGGCUGCGAACAUGCCGAGGAGAGGAGGAACUAUAAGCUCUUCAGAGGUGUCUUUAAAAAUUUCAAGAGGUCUAGAGUGUGGAGGAGUAUCAACGAUUCAAAGGCUAAGAAGGUUGGGCUAAAUUGUGCAUUCUGUUCAUGCGAAGGCACCUGGGACUUGCUCUCUUGUUUCUGCUUGAGAAGGCAAUGGGAGUACCAUGAAGAUGGGGAACCAGUUGUGCGUGCAUAUGUAUGUGAGAAUGGGCAUGUUUCUGGUGCAUGGACUGACAAGCCUCUAUAUACGUAAGAGAAGAACGUCUAACUAUUUCAUGGAGAGCUCUCAGCUGCUCUUUUGGAGAUCUUUACUUAAUUUUAGAACGACUUGAUGGUAGAUAUGCCAUUGAUUUAUGGUUAGCACUAGUUGCGAGAGAAGUUGUAUGCUUUCUUUUCCUUUUUGCUUUCUUUUCCCUUUUUUCCACUGUUCUGCAAUGUAGAGCAAAUCAAAUGCCUAUUGUUGCUGGUUCUGUUAUGAUAUGCAUUUGCUCUUAGGCAGAGGAGUUAUUUCAUUUUAUGCUUGAUUGGAGUUCCGUCAAUGGCCUAUUCUCCUUAUGUUGAGAAUUACUUGAGCA